UCUUUUCUUCUAAUACGGUGUUUGUUGGCAACAAUCAGCAAUCAACAAUCAACAAUCAACAAUCAACAUGGUGAAAAAGUAGUGAAGUCCAUAUCAAAAAAAUACCAAAAUUCAUCUCUCUGUCUUUCACUUGGCCAUCAAAAGGCCAGAUGUAGAGUAGAUCACUCGAACAAGGAGAGACCAGAAUUUCAAUCACUGUACCAUCUUAUCAAUUUCUAAGCCGAUUUGAUUCCUGCCACAGCUCCAUUUUUCCUUUCUUCUCUCUCUUCUUUUUCACUUUUCCAUAUGGAAUCUCGUUUUGUUUUUGUUUCAAUGCUACUGUGCAUUCCUUUUCUAUCCAUUUGCCGCUUUUUACUAUUCCCCCUUUCUCUGUGGUUUUUGCUGGUUUAGUGGGAAUGGUAUGCACGAAACCUCUGCAAUUCGGGUCUACGGAUUUUUCUUCCCGAUCGACACUGUUGUGUUUGGACACUUGGGCAUUUAGUACUAAUGCUCAAUUCUUCAACUGGGUACAUCCAAUUACUUGUUGUCUAUCGGGCCAGGAUCAUUAUUUCUUAUCCUUAUUUGUGUACCGCGAAGUUGUGAUUUUGUCUAAUUUUCAUUCAGUGCUCCAGGAAAAUUAUGCCUGAAUUGGCUGAUUCUUGGACUUAUUGAAGUAGAAUGGAUGAGUAAUCUUAGAGGAGGUGUAGCUUGUUUAAAUCUUUGUGCUGCAUGACUGAUAUGAUGGUAAAGGAAAAUUUUGUGCAGAGAGUAGAUGACGAGGCUAAAGCGAAUGAUUGUUCGACUGUUGGGAGUGAAGAUUUGGGUUCUCAGUCUCGCCAUAGUAUAGGGAAGGAAUCUGGGGCCAGUUGUCGUGUGUGCCAAUGUGUUGAAUCUGACAGAAGAGGUGAUGCGGUUUUAGGAUUUCUUGGUAUCACUCCUCCAAUUAUGGAAGCGAGAAAAUGUGAUGGGGAUCGGGAUUCUAAGCCUGAGAAGCAGAGUACAGAAAAUGUUGACGGUGGUUCUAUGCUAAAAAAAGAUGUUAAAGGGGAUUCGGGUUCAAUUAAGUUCAUAGGGCCUAAUGGGGAGGUUUUCAUUUGCAAAACUGAUAUUGAAAUGGGUUCAUGUCAUCAUGAAGAUGGAUUAGUGGAGCUUGGGUGUUCUUGCAAGAGUGACCUUGCACUUGUACACUACGCAUGUGCUCUCAAGUGGUUUGUUAGCCAUGGUUCUACAGUUUGUGAAAUCUGUGGAUGUAUUGCGGAAAAUAUUAGAACCGACGACUUUAGGAAGGUUGUGAGUUCUUUGAAAGAAUACGAAGCUUUAAGAGAGAGAACUGUUAGUGGGGUACCUAAUCCUAUGCAGACUACUGCUAGUACUGAUAUUGAUCCUGAUGCCGUUGCGGCUGUCCGCAGGCAGCGGCUAAGUGAAAUCUCGUUGUGGUUCAGUCCUCAUAAUUAUAGUAGCAACAAUAACUCUACUGCAACUUCCCAGGUUGUUUCCGAACAUCUGAAUACCAUCUCAGAAAAUGUUGUUCAUGCCGAAAAUCCUGCAACCAGGUGGGCUGUUGAGGGUACUGGAAUUCUUCUUGCUACAGGGCUGCUUACUGUUACGCUUGCUUGCCUCAUAGCUCCUCGUGUGGGGAAGAAAACUGCGAAAAGUGGCCUUCAUAUUCUUCUUGGAGGAGUUUGUGCGUUAACAGUAGUGGUUUUCUUCCGCUUUUUCGUGCUUACCAGGAUAAAAUACGGACCUGCACGAUACUGGGCCAUUUUGUUUGUCUUUUGGUUCCUGGUGUUUGGUAUUUGGGCGUCGAGGACACACGCUGCUCAUACGACGUAGAUGGGUACAUUCUGUACAUUCUAUUUGGUUGGUUUUCCAUUUUCCAGUUGAAGGCGAUUUAACAAAAUAUACAAGUGUUUGAUACUUGUUUAAGAUACCAAAAUCAUGAGUGUAAAGUUGAUUCAAUGUUGUAUUUUAGGUUGUAUGAGUGUAAAGUUGAGAUUUGGAAAGGUAUAUAAGUAUCCGACAGGAUACAAAUAUCCUUUAGCUGUAUUUCAUUGGCCUCAGAGCUGAGUAUUUUUUAUUUGUCAAAAAGGAUCUUCAAUUCUUUUAAAACUCUGGUAAAUUGUUCCCAUUUCUUAUGUGUUUUAUGAGCAGAAUACUUUGUUAUA